AUGGGGCUACGUGGCCUUCAGCUUAGCCAUACAGGAUGGUACAAACAAAUAAUUUCCAAAGCUCCUCGUAGAAAUUUCCCAAAACGGUGGUCUGCUCUUUGCCUAUUUCCCAAACUCCUCCUUGCCAAAUUUGGUUGCAGAAUUUGGGUUAGUCACGUGGAAUUCAGUUUAGCCACACUGAAAAUGAAGAAGAAAACAAGGGGGACCCCUUCGAACAACAUAUAUAUAUACAUAUCUGGUGGAUGGAGUUGCUGUUAUCUUGUUCUUCCCAUCUCUGUCGGUGUUGUUGCCGCCGUAACGCUGUCAAAAUUGGGUAUCCAAAGCUUCGCUCUUGCCGUUGCAAAUCCUGUAUGGCUCAAGCACAUCGAUGAAUUGGUAGCGGCGAUGGGAAGUGGAAAAACACAAUUUGAGUCAAAAUUCAUCCACAAAAUUGUAGAAGUGGUUGCAGACAAACUAAAAUGCAAAAUCUUGGGCAAUUCCCCUUACUUGAUUGGAAUACAUUCUCGAGCAAAAAAUAUUGGGCUUUGGUUACAAGAUGAGUGUAGUGAUGUUGGUAUAGUCACAAUUUGUGGGAUAGGUGGAAUAGGGAAGACAACUAUUGCCAAAUUCCUAUAUAAUUCAAACUUCUCAAGAUUCGAAUGCAGUAGUUUUCUUGCAAAUGUAAGAGAAAUUCUAAAACAACCAAAUGGUUUACUUCAAUUACAAACACAACUUCUUUCAGACAUUUUAAAGGGAAGAAAGGAAAAUUUGUACAGUGUUGAUGAAGGAAUUGUUAAAAUUACACAUGCAUUAUGUUGCAAAAGAGUUCUUGUAAUUCUUGAUGAUGUGGAUACAAUGGACCAAUUAGAUGCAGUACUUGGAAUGCGAGAUUGGUUUUCUCAAGGUAGUAAAAUCAUCAUAACCACUAGACGUGUGCGGUUGCUAAGGGCUCAUGAAGUUUACCAGGUUCACAAUGUUGAAAAUUUGAACUACAAUGAAUCCUUGGAGCUCUUUAGUUGGCAUGCCUUUGGGAAAAACUGUCCCAUUGAUGGUUUCAUAGAGGACUCAAAAAGGGUGGUACAAUACUGUGGAGGGCUUCCAUUAGCUAUCAAAAUUUUGGGUUCUUCUCUAUCUGGAAAAAGCUUAAUUGUCUGGAAAAGUCAUCUAGAAAAAUUGAAAGCAAUCCCCAAUUAUGAAGUUGUUGAAAAGCUCAAAAUAAGCUAUGACUCUUUACAAGAUGACCACGACAAAAAUUUAUUCCUCCAUGUUGCUUGUUUUUUUGUUGGGAUGGAUGAAGAUUGGGUAGUUACCAUUCUAGAUGGAUGUGAUUUUUACACAACGGUUGGGAUUCAAAAUCUCAUUGAUAGAUGUCUGUUAACGGUUGAUGAACGCAGACAGCUAGUGAUGCAUCAAUUGGUUCAAGAAAUGGGAAGAGAAAUUGUUCGCCAAGAAUCACCUAAGGAACUAGGAGAACGUAGUAGACUAUGGAAUCAUAAAGAUUCUUUCAAUGUCUUGAGAGAAAAUACUGUAAGAAUUAAUCCUACUACUCAUUUAUAUUUGUAUGUAUUUGUGCAGUUAUUUAUUAUCAAAACAUGA